GACCCCCAUGGUGCUGUGAUUUGAAUAAACAAACAGGCGGGCUCGGAGCGGUACCUCAUCCAGCGGACUCCUGGGACGGUAGAGAAUGACCUCAGACUCUGAAACAUCUGAGGGAUCUACACAUCUGAGGCCGCGGCCCCUGUAGACCACCAGCUAGACAUCCCUCCUCUGAUUUCAGAAGGAGGAGCGACUGCUCUCCAGAAAACUCCUCGGACAGAGAGGGAAGACCUGUCUAUUCUUCUUGGAUCACUCUGAAGAAUAAAGUGCGUUGACGGCUUCCAACCAUGAGGCGGGUGACGGCAUCCACGCUCCAUCUGACUGUCACAGUUACGGCUCUCUUCUAUUUCUGCACCGAGCUGCGUUGUCUGGAGAUCACCCCCGAUGAUGAGGAGCUCGUCCUGGCCGAGGGUUCCUCCCUCACCCUCACCUGCUCCGGCUCAGAAGACACAAAGUGGGAGUUCAAGAGGGACGACGCGCCGCACUUCCAAGCGGAAGAACUUCAAAACGAUGGUCAGAGUCACACAACCAGUGUUUUGACCUUGCACAACCUGAGCUGGAAGCACACGGGGGUGUAUCAGUGCAACGAUCGACACACUGGGGAAACCAAGGAGGUGGCAGUUUUUGUCCCAGACGCAGAUGUGUGGUUCAUAAAGAGCUCACAUGGCAUGGUGACAAAGACCAGUGAGGAGACCACCAUCCCCUGUGUGGUCACCAAUCCCACCAUCAACGUCACCCUGUACGAGAGGGACACCGAUCUGCCCAUCAGGGGGCUUUAUGUGCCGAGUGAGGGGUACAAGGCACGGCUGGAGGACAGGACCUACGUGUGUCGGGGAGAGCUGGACGGCGAGGUGAAAGAGUCUCAGGACUUCUACGUCUUCAGCAUUGUCGUCCCAGAGGCCAUCGACGCAUACAUCAAUGCGUCAAAGACCAUCCUGAAGCAAGGCGAACCGCUGACAGUGAACUGCACAGUGCACGGAGUGGAGCUGAUCUAUUUUUCCUGGGAUAUCCCCAACAGGGAGCUUGUUGUGGUCGAGCCACUCACAGAAUUCCUACCUGGUACGACCAUGCGCUCCUGCCUCGUCUUCCCUCGCGCCACGCUUGCCCACGGCGGAUCCUACGCCUGCCAUGUCCACGACAGCAUCCAAGACCAGACGGCCUCUGCCAGCGUUAACGUCACUGUGCUCGAGCGAGGCUUUGUCGAUGUGAAGACUGCUCGGAAAAACAACAUUUCAGCGAAGCUGCAGGAGAACGUGGAGUUGAGAGUGGAGAUUGAAGCCUACCCGCCACCUCAGGUCCGUUGGAGCAAAGAAGGCGUCUCAAUCAAGAGAGAUAGAACCAUCACAACCAGACGAGAUCAUGAGAUCAGCUACGUCACUGUGCUCACCUUGGUGAGGGUGAGGAAAGAGCAGAAGGGACGCUACACUGUUCUCGUCACAAACGGAGAUGACACAAAGGAAGUGACCUUUGACCUGGAAGUGCAAGUUCCCUCUCGGAUUAAAGACCUUACUGACCACCACCUCCCUGGGAAAAAACAUUUGGUGACCUGUGUGGCCGAGGGGGUCCCAACCCCGACCAUCCAGUGGUACAGCUGUGACAGCGUGCACCAGUUCAGCAACCAAACAGCAGUUUGGCAUCCACUGGUACCGGAGGCCGGGGUGCUGAGCAUCCUGACCAACGUCACCUACAGCGAGACUGGUAAAACCAGCCAGGUGCGGAGCCAGGUGACCUUCCACCAGCCGCAGCAGGUCACAGUGCGCUGCGAGACCAACAACCAAGUAGGACUCAUGGACAGACGGGACGUCAAACUGGUGUCCAGCACGCUGUACUCCCAGGUGGCAGUAUUGGCUGCUGUUUUAGCCUUAGUGGUCAUCAUUAUCAUCUCCAUCAUCAUCCUCAUUGCUCUAUGGAGAAAGAAACCUCGCUAUGAGAUCAGAUGGAAGGUGAUAGAGUCCGUGAGCCAGGACGGUCAUGAGUACAUCUACGUGGACCCCAUCCACCUGCCCUACGACCUGGCUUGGGAAAUGCCACGAGACAACCUGGUGCUUGGUCGCACUCUUGGAUCGGGAGCUUUCGGCAGGGUGGUUGAGGCGACUGCGUACGGUCUCACUCAUUCCCAGUCCAGCACAAAGGUGGCUGUGAAAAUGCUGAAAUCCACAGCCAGGAGGAGUGAGACGCAGGCUUUGAUGUCCGAGUUGAAGAUCAUGAGUCACCUGGGACCUCACCUCAACAUUGUCAACUUGCUGGGAGCUUGCACCAAACACGGCCCCCUGUAUUUGGUGACCGAGUACUGUCGCUAUGGCGACCUGGUGGACUACCUGCACAGGAACAAGCACACCCUCCUGCAGUGUCAAGCAGAGAAGAACCAAGACGACGGCUGCCUCAUCUCUGGAGGAAGCACUCCGCUCAGCCAGAGGAAAGGCUACGUGUCCUUUGGGAGUGAGAGCGACGGAGGAUACAUGGACAUGAGUAAAGAUGAGCCCACCAUCUACGUGCCCAUGCAGAUGGAGCAGAUGGACAACAUCAAGUACGCGGACAUCCAGCCUUCUUCAUACGAGUCGCCGUACCAGCAGGACAUCUAUCAGGAACAAGGUGGCAGCAGGUUGGAACUGGCCAUCAGUGACUCCUCCAUUCUCACCUACGACGAUCUGUUGGGCUUCAGCUAUCAAGUGGCCCAGGGGAUGGAGUUUCUCGCCUCCAAGAAUUGCGUUCACCGUGACCUCGCUGCCAGGAAUGUUCUGAUCUGCGAGGGAAAACUGGUGAAGAUCUGUGACUUUGGCCUGGCCAGAGACAUAAUGCAUGAUUCCAACUACAUCUCUAAAGGCAGCACCUUCCUGCCCCUGAAGUGGAUGGCACCAGAAAGUAUUUUCAAUAAUUUGUACACCACCCUGAGUGACGUGUGGUCAUACGGCAUUCUUCUUUGGGAGAUUUUCACUCUAGGAGGAACCCCUUACCCCGACUUGCCCAUGAAUGAGUUGUUCUACAGCGCUCUGAAGAGAGGCUACCGGAUGGCCAAACCUGCACACGCCUCCGAUGAAGUUUAUGACAUCAUGAAGAAGUGCUGGGACGAGAAGUACGAGACGAGGCCCGACUUCUCCCGUCUGGUGCACAGUGUUGGGAACAUGCUGGCAGACAGCUAUAAAAAGAAAUACAGCCAAGUCAACGACAACUUCCUGAAGAGUGACCACCCGGCAGUCGCCCGCACGAAACCCAGACUCUCCUCCCCCUUUCCGAUCGCCAACCCGGCAUUCGGCACUCCACCCCCACAAUACGCCCCCCCGGACCCCUACAACCAGAGCGCCGGGGAGUUCAGACAGGAGGCAGACUCACAGGAAGUCAUAACCUUAUACAACGAAUACAUCAUUCCCAUCCCCGACCCCAAGCCGGAGGACGUUUUCCCCUUCGGGCCGUCAGAGAGUCCUGCAAGCUCUCUGGCUCUGGAGGAGGAGACUGACUCCAUGUCUCAGGACACUGCAGACACUCUCCCAGAGGAGGACCGGCUGGAGGAAACCAGUGAGAGAGACGCCCUGUUGGGUUUUUCUGGGACACCCGAGGUAGAAGACAGCUUCUUGUAGCCACGUAGGAACUCUGAGGAAACGACCCUUUUUCUGGUAUCUUUUUUUUUUUUUAACCCUGUGAGAAAGCAAACGUGACUAAAAUAGAAUGUAGCAAAAUUGAAGUCGAGAUGGAAAACUUUGUAUUUCCACUAAGCACUCAAAAUGUUUUGCCCUUCCUUUGAGUUUUGUAUCAAACUUAGUACCUCUGAAACGAAAUGGGAGCAACUGAUGAGCCUGAUCAUUCAGUCAUUUAUCGGACAGUUGCCAUAUCAUAAAUACAGUACUCUCCUCGUAAUCUGCAGAGAAUCAGUUUCAAGCAAUGUGUUUGUAUUGUGAACAGGGACUCAUGAAAUAUGUGCAUUCCUAAUUCAUUUUUACACAGCUUAGUUUAGCCAUACACAGAAUACAGUCCAAUCAAAAACAAUGUGUAAUAGUUCCCGUAGUGGUGGCAAUUAUUAACAUUAUAUAAUAGACCACAAUCAGCCAUGGAAUGUAUGGAAGUGAAUUUAAACUGUUUUUUUGCAUAUUUUUCUUAAGGACGUGAAUUACAGACAUGCACUGUUUUACUAUGAAAACUAUUACUUACAUUUGUGCCAGACAUUUUUCUUUUUCUUGAGAAUUAUAUAAAAUCUGUCAUAUGUGAAUUUUAAAUACUUUUUUUUGCAUAGUUUUUAUUCAUAGCUGUGUCAGAUUUGCACUUUUUUUUAGAAAAAUGUGGGGAUUCAUAAUGAGGAUAUAAAUAUACACUAAAACAUAGAUUCAGAAGUUCCACUCGUCACUUAAAUGUUUUUACUUAAACAUGUGGCUGUUACGGUAAAUCAAUUUCUGUGGUGACAGGUGACUCUCAAGGGAAGAACAAUAAAUACAGCGUAUCACUGCCUUAGCACCAGAUAGCACAUGAGUGUCUUUGUACAGACUGACCCAUAUUUGCCUCCCAGCUACGGAUUGUCGCUCUACUCAAUAAAUGUAGAUAUUCAUAUGUAUAGAUGUAAAACCGAUGCUUUUUGUGUUCUACCGCAUUGUUCAGCAUUCACUCGCACAACGUUUCAACUCUCAGUAUUGUGUUAUUGACAACUGUCCACCCUUUUAAACCUUCACGUUGUCAUUUUCUGUUUCUGCAAUUUAAAAUGCACAAGAUCACUGUAUCACAAGCUAUGGUACCAAAGCUCUUCUUAACGUUUACAAAUGUAUUUUUUCUAUGUGCCAAUUUGUAUGUUGUUAAUAUGACAAUAAAUGUGUAUUAUAAUCGUA